UAACGAAGCAGAGCAGUGAAAACGUAAACAUUGCAUGCACAGGGACAAACUUGAUAGGCAUAGGAUUAAUUUGUGAGGUGGUCAGUGCAAAUGUCCCUAAUGCCGUGUAAUUUCAUUCACAGACUUUCGAUUCAAGGUGUUUGAACACCAGUUUUGAGGACAAAAUCUGCGCAGAGGAUUAGAAGUGCGGAGUCCGACAGGCCUACAAUAGAGGAUCUCUUCUUCAGGAAGAGAGACUCGGGGCAGUAAAAGGGGAUGACUGACACAAACAGUAAAUCCAGCUCUCUGAACGGUGGCACUGAUGAUCCAGAGCCAGGAGAACGGGUGAGGCAGGGUGAGGGAGAUGCUUCCCCAGCCCCAGAGACCCUGACUUCUCCUGAUUCAGCACCAACAGCUGUGAGCCCAGCUCCUGAGAGUGGUGAUGGCGGACAGGACCGGCCAAUGCCAGAUGCUGAACAGGAGAGGGUUCGUGGUGAGGAAGAGGAGGAAGACACCGACAGUAUGGAUGGCAGCGUGCUCUACUCUUUCACUGAAGAGGGAGAGCGAGAGAGUGAGGGCGGAGGGAGACGCGAGAGAGAAAAAGAUGAGAGGGAAAGAGGAAAAAGGAGAGUUGGCAGGAAGAGAAACAGGCCCGGAGGAGGAACCACGCGGCGCUCCUCCAGCUCUGACGACGACGACGACGACGACGAGGAAGAGGACGAAGAAGACGAGCCGGAUGAGGAGGAAGAUGACCAGGCCAUGGAAGCCUGGCUGGGGUCGGACCUCCGUGACCUCAGUAAGCCCAUGUGGCGCGCGGUUCCUUCCUUGCGAGCGCGGGAGAUCGGGCGCGGCUCUCAUCAGUUCGCGAGGCGCGUGUGUGGAGCGCGGGGGUUGGUGCAGCGGCUGGAGCUGCAGGGCCGUCUGGAGAGGCACACCGGCUGCGUGAACACCCUGCACUUCAACCCCUCGGGCACGCGCCUGGCCUCAGGCAGCGAUGACCUGCGCGUGGUGAUCUGGGACUGGGCACGCAGACGAGCCGAGCUGGAGUUUGACAGCGGCCACAAGAGCAACGUCUUUCAGGCUAAGUUCCUCCCACACAGUGGUGACUCCACAUUGGCUAUGUGUGCUAGAGAUGGGCAGAUCAGAGUGGCUGAGCUGUCUGCUACCCAGCGCUGUAAGAACACCAAGAGAGUUGCCCAGCAUAAGGGUGCUGCACACAAGCUGGCCCUGGAGCCUGACUCUCCAUGUUCCUUCCUGUCUGCUGGGGAAGAUGCUGUGGUCUUUGGCAUUGACCUGCGUCUGGACCGGCCCGCCAAUAAACUGGUGGUGGUGAAAGAGGGCGAUAAGAAGGUGGGCCUGUACACGAUUUUUGUGAAUCCGGCCAAUACGCACCACUUCGCCGUGGGAGGGAGAGACCAGUAUGUCAGGAUUUAUGAUCAGAGGAAGAUCAAUGAAAACGAUAACAACGGCGUUCUGAAAAAAUUUUGUCCAUCUCAUCUGGUGUCCAGUGAGUCCAAGACAAACAUCACCUGUCUAGUGUACAGCCAUGAUGGUUCAGAGCUGCUGGCGAGUUACAACGAUGAGGACAUUUAUCUGUUCGACUCCAGCCACAGUGACGGAGCUGACUACCGCAGAAGAUACAAGGGCCACCGCAACAAUGCCACAGUGAAGGGUGUCAACUUCUAUGGCCCCUGCAGUGAGUUUGUGGUCAGCGGCAGUGACUGUGGACACAUCUACCUGUGGGAUAAGAACUCUGCUCGUGUGGUGCAGUUUAUGGAAGGAGACAGAGGAGGAGUGGUGAACUGCCUGGAGCCCCACCCUCAUCUCCCAGGGUUGGCCACCAGCGGCCUAGACCACGACGUCAAACUGUGGGCUCCGACUGCCGAAGCUCCCACAAGCCUGAAAGGGCUCAAGGAGGUAAUGAAAAAGAACAAGCGUGAGCGUGAUGAAGACAGCGCUCGUCACGGAGACCCAUAUGAUACACAUCUCCUCUGGUUUCUGAUGAGGCAUAUGAGAAACCGCAGACCUCACAGAGCCCGUCGUGGAGAAGCUGGAGAGGGUGACACAGAUGAAUCUUGGAGCUCUCCUGACUCCUCCGAUGAAGAAGAUGGAGGCCCUGAUCACGUCCAGUGCAUGUCCUCCUGAGCCACACACACACACACACACAUACACACAUACACACUAUAUACUCAUACUUUUUCUGUUAUACACAUACCCACAUUUCAUGGCUUCAUACUAAGCACAUACAUAUUAGUAACACACUGGUAUUAUACACAGACACUUUGAGGCCAGCAAUACACACACACAUACGCGCGCACACAUAAACACACACACACACACACAUACACACACGGCUUUGUACGCAUACACAAGGUGUGAGGGAGAGGGGAGUGGAUUGUAGUCUGAGCAUGCAAACCCAAAAAGCUGGUUUUUGCUUUCUACACUUAUAAACACACACACACAUCACACCAACGAUUUCACAUGCAAUGAAAACCUGUUCGGAAUACCAGCUAUACGAAGAACCACUCCGAUGUGACACCCAUCUAUACAGACCAAACAUGAGUGGACAUACAGAGACAUCCACAUCUUUAUAUCAGUUUAUACAGCUUUACUCUUAGCACCUCAGAACAGAUCCAUUAGGGAUUACCCCAAAACUGUUUGCUGCCUUGUUCUUUGUUACAAAACCAGUACUUGUGCAGCAAACACUAAAUAUAUGGAGAAAAAAAAAAAAGUGUUGUGCUACAGUUGUCAAAAAUAGUGAAUGGCAGGGUAAGGAAAGAUGAUAUGCAGCUUUCCUGAGUCUGCUCCAUAAUCUACUCAAUGUAUUGUCGCUUUGACGUUGUUUUUACCCUUGUUUGGACGCACUGGACAGCAUGGAUACUAAAGAAAUGGAAAAAAAAAAAGAAAAAAAAAAAAAGAUUGAUCAGACAUUUAAUUUCAGCCAGCGGAUCCGGAGUUUUUCUUCAUCGUUUCGGGGGACAAGACGGAGCUGUCUGAUAGAUACCCUCUGCUGUCUUGUUUUGGUUUUUGUUUCUCUCUCUCUCUCUCUCUCUGCGUGUGUUUGCUGAAGCCAGGUACAGCAAAUCUGCUCACAGUCAAUCACACACUGGUAGCUGUGACCAGCAGACACGGCCACGGGGCAGGCCGGAGCGAGACGGCGUCUGGCCCCUCGUCUCCUGACCGGCCGUGCUGCUUCCUCUCCUCUCUCCCAUGCUACUGAGUGCACUUUAAUCAGGGAUCUGAUAGUGUGAGUCUCUAAGACAAGUGUGCGCUUUGGGGGCAUGCAAUACUUAAUGUAUUAAACCUGUUGAGUUAGGUUUUUGGUUGUUAUUUUUUUUGUUUGUUUGUUUGUUUGUUUGUUUGUUUUUCUCCCUCCUGUCCACCACAAUUAGACUUGUAAAUUUGAUAACAAAAAUUUGGACACCAGCCUUUUUUUUUUUUUUUGAGAUCGAUCUUUUGGAGUUGGAGAUUUCGUUUUGGACGGAGCUUCGGCAAGCUAUUUGAAGAAAGCUUACUUUUCCCAAACCUUUUUUGCUCCCUGUGGACUAUCAUCUUGGAUUCAGCCCUUUUUUUUUUUUUUUUUCCUUCCAAAUAGUAGCACAGGAUGCCAAUCAAUGGUAGUGGUGCUGUAAAAAUCAUCAGUAAAGUCUUUCUCUCCAUCUUUGGAUCCACCUCUUAAGAUGACAGGAUGUGAAAGAAGAUGUUAAAAAGCCUGAUGUUCUGUUUCCAUUCAACUCGGAACACGAGGACAAUAUUGUUCAGUUAAACAGGCUGAGAACGCGUAGCUAAGACCUAUCGUCUCCCCCAUGGUUCGAUAAAACCAAGAGAAAGUUCUCUCGGUUUUCUGUGAGCUGAAACGUGCUUUGAAGAGCCGUUCAGCUCACAGGUUUUUUUUGGCAGGGAGCGGGCAUGGGGCAGAUGGGCGGGCAGAAAGAAAAGGGGUGGGGAGUUUGAAUUUCUUUGAGAGGGU